AUGUCUUCAAACCAUACAAAUAACGGAACCAUGGAGUUGUUUUCUCCCAGGGCCAUGGCCGAGAAUCGAGAGCUAGCAUUCAACGUCAUCAAACUACCAGUCGAGCUCCAACACAGGAUCUUCGACCAACUCAUCGUAUCACAAUCACAAAACAAUCGCAUCAUCGACCUCGCCGGCCCCAAGGACACUGAUCCCCAACAAUGGGAUACCUUCGGCGCACUAGCCUCCGCACACCCUCAACUUCAAGCAUCCAUCGAAUACUGGAUGGAAAUCCAAUACCACCUCGAGCGAAUCGGCCCGCGCCGCGAAAUCUGCGAUCCUACCACAAUAAAAUUCUCUUUGGAUAUGAGACACUGGAAUGAUCUUCCCUGGGAUUUUAGUAAAUGGCCACAACACCUAAAACUGAGAGCUCAAGUCAAGGCAGAAGGCGACCAGCUCCAUCUCGUAUGGCAAGCUCCAGAUGUGCUUGAUAAUUGUCGCCACGUACAGAUUCGUUUCAGAGGAACACAAAAUGGUAAAGCCGGCCGUGGAUUUGGCGCCGUGCAGCGUGUGUUGCGGAUCCUGCCCAAGCUUCCCAAUUUGGGAACGCUCGAGUUCUUGCACGAUGGGUCAGAUCCUGACUCCGGGCCUCUCUUGUCCCAAAGACCUGAAGAGGAUACUGGCAGUCCAUCCUCCAACUAUACCAUCCAAGAACUUUGGGAGGACAUCUGGGAGUCCCAGGAAUAUUGUCAUCGGAAACGUCCGUGUGUCUGCUGUCCGGUCGCUCCUCAAGUAAUUUGGGGAACAAUCGGCGCUGGGAGGGUGGAGAUUGAUUUUCUGGGGGAUUCGCCCAGAGUUUGGAUUCCGGGUUUUUUUUCUCACAGAGAAUCUCCCGUCUUUACGCGAAAGCAGAGACAAGCGUGGUGGGAUAGAAUGGAGGAGGUUGAGAUGCGAUGGAUGAGGAUAGAGAAAGAAGAGGAGUUCCGCCAGAGAAUCGUCAAGGGUGCCAGGGCACAAUAUGAGAAGGAUCGCCGUUUGAUAGAAGCUAAGGGUAUACAGACGGAUGAUCGUAGCAGAUUUAUAUGGCCUAGGAUGAAUUGA